AAUAGACAUAGAGUAACAGUAACAGAGUGAGUGAGAGUGGGGGUAGAUAGAGAUAGAAAGACUGGGAAAGAGAGUGAGAGUGUGAAAUAGAUAUAGUAAUAGAAUAAUUGAAAAUAGAUACAGAAAUCGCUAGUAACGGAGUGUUUUAUUGCAGAUGUCCGCUACAAGAGUGGAGAUCUUACGUUAUCCAGCCAUAACUUUAGAGUAAACCAUUGUAUAUUGGCCCCUGUCUUUGUGAGUAAGCAGUUGUUUACCCCGAUGCAACGAUGGGAACAACAAGGAUACACACCCAAAAAGAAGCUAACCCUGAAAACAGUCUCCAGUGUACUGGAUGAACCCUCUAACUAUGGAAGCCAGUCUUUUGCCCAUCCAUCUGCUGCUUCCGAUGUACCUGUUCAAUUCCUAAAUGAAAAUUAUAAAAGUUUACCACAAGAGUUAAAAAAAUGGAGCACAGCUGAUGUAGUUCGAUGGCUAGACCAACAGGGCUUGGCAAAACAGUUUGCUGUGAUAUUUAAUGAGAACCAAGUUACAGGGACCACUUUGGUGGAAGGAAACUUACAUUUUCUUGAUACUUUAAAGGAAAUUUCUCUGGAAGAUCGAGAAUUAUUGUUAUCCUCUAUUUAUGAACUGCUGAAUCCCAACUCAAUACAAGUGAAGGAGGAUGAUUUGAAGAGAUUUACCUCAAAUGCCGAGAGGGAGAAGUACCUAGCUGCUGUACAUGUGGCACAGUCAAAGGACACACACUUGCAUUUGGUGGAAGCCACUUCUCCCAAUGCGCCAUCAGCAAUGUCGACAUCUUCAUCAUGUUCAUCACCCUUCAACAGGCAUCUUGAGUGGCCUAACCACGACAACGAUACCAGUUGCAUGCAUCAAAGUCAUAUCUCACUCGACGAAAGAGAAGUUACUACAGAGUCUUGCUCUAUGUCUUCAUUUGCUAAUGACUGGGGUAGUAGUGAAGUCUCGCGGUGCGUGGCUCGCCAGGUGUCACUGUAUGAACUCCUCAGCCUUGAGAAGAGAAAAGAAGUGUGCUGCAUCGACGUGAACCGACCAGAAAACUCACACUUUGAGUUUAAUGUGGAAACCACUGAGCAGGGACAUGUGCUGAUUAAUGAGGCUCGAGGCCUUGAAAUCAAUCCAGGAGACAGGAUACUCGAAGUAAAUGGUGUAUACAUAUGCAAUGAAAACGACUUGAAACAGGCAACAAAGAACUGUGACUGGUUAAGGAUGGUUGUGGUACGCAGUGAAAUUCCUAGUGAAGCUGAAGUUUAUGAACCUCAGUCUGCUAGCUUCCUUCAUGAAAGUAAAAAUCUCAAAAACCAGACCAGUGAAUUGAAAUCAAGGAAUGAGCUGGAUGUCAACACUGGACCUAAUAACCAUCAAGGUGGCUUUUUUCAUGGUCCCUCCCCACUCCUGAAAUAUUCUCCCACUGAGGUUACUGUCAGUGGUGUGGGUACUGCCACCCGCACAACCACCUCAACUUCUUCCCCUUCUCACAACCAAACCUCCCCAGCUGCAGCACCUGGGAUUACAGACCAACAGCAAGAUCCCAAAACCCCUUCUCCUUGCUCUCCAGCUGUGAUCAAGCCGUCUCAAUAUCUGUCAAACCUUGGUUUCAUUUGUUCUCUGCAAUAUUGGGGGUGCUGUCUGGGUCCAGAGAAGCCCACAAAACUAAAUAAUAAGCUAUCAUCUUCAGAGUGGCGUUGGAAAAAACUAAGAGAUCUCGUUCUGCAGAUGAAAGAAAAAGAUAUAGAUGUAUUGUUAAAUGAUGGGGUAAACCAAAAAACAGAAGAGGCCAAGGAUAAAUAUAUAUUACAGGAAGAAAUUAGACAACUGCAAGAAGCAUUAAAUAGUAGUUCCAAGAAGAUAAAUCAUUUACAGAAAGCACUUGAGUCAAAGACAACGGCACUUCAAGAACUUGGCUCAGAACAUGAGCAACUUCGCAAAAAAAUUGAAAACCAAAGUCACAAAAGUACAGAAAGUGACGAUUCACUGUCUCAGGAAGGUUAUGCAGAUCAAGAAUGCUGGAGGAACCUUUCAGACUCAAAAGAAGACCUUUUAGAAGAACUGAAGGAGAAGACAGCAGAAGCUAGUCAACAGAAAGCUUUCUUAGACAACUUAUUGUCUGCUGUUGUAAAGCAUGCUCCAUGGCUUCUUGACGAUGUCGAUGCUGAUUUAGAGAGUAUGGCAAUGAUGUCUCAUGGAGAGCAGUGGUGUUAGGGAAUUUCGCUCUGAUGUCCUUAACAAAGACAUCAUAAUUAUGUUCUUAGUUUUAUUUCUGUGACUUACUAACGUUUAAAAAAUUUUU